AUGAGCCGCCUGAAGUUCGUUCGCGUUGGUCUCCCAUUUUUCGCCAUCGUCUUGGGAAGCGCGUACGGAUUGCACUUUUUCCAACAAGUCCGAUUCGAUUUCCGAAAAAUCAAGCAAGAAGACGAUAAUCUCGAGCUUUUGCGAUCAGAUUUGACAAAAAGCGGUCUUCGAUUACGCGAAGGAGUCACCGUCGAUUCAGUGUACAAGGAAGUUGCUGAGCUCGAUACUGAUAGCUGGGAGAAUAUUCGUGGACCAAGAGACACUGAAGAUCUCACAGAUUACAAUCGCAUCAAAAAACAGCAACAAGAGGCUAGUCAUCUGGGACUCGAUAAUCCACCAGAGCCAGAUAACGCUUCGAUCAGAGCCGAGAGAGGAUCACCAACACCGUCUUCUGUAACUGUCGACAACGCUCCGUCUCUUCCUGAUCGUUCCUUCGCGAGUUUGCCAAUAAACGAUCCGUUUAACAACGAUAUUCCAGAGGUUCCAAUUCCAUCAUCUGCAAUCUCACUUUCUAGUCAAGCCCUUUCCGAUCCGGUUCCAACUCCAUCGGACACUUCAAGACCGGGUAUUACACAACACGACGCCCAAUCGUCAAGCACUGGUCAUCCAAUUGAUCCACAAGAACCACACGAAGUUAACAACGAGUACUUGGCUCAUCUCCUCGAUUUGGGUUUCGACGAGUACACUGCUCAACUUUCAUUGCAAAGAACGAAUAACGCUGGUGUCGAACAGGCAGUCGCUUGGAUUGUAGAGCGGUCUAACGAGAGUGAUUUCGACGACGAUUCCAGCAGCAGUGACAACGAAACAGAAGAAGGAAUGGGAGCUGUUCAAUCAAUUGGUGGCCGCACUCACAAAAUGGUGCUCGUUGCCAAUAUGAGUUUGAAAAUGGGAACUGGAAAGCUUGCUGCUCAAGUCGGUCACGCUACACUUGGAGUUUACCGACAAGCAAUGAACUCAGAAGCCGGACAGAACGCAAUUGCAGCCUGGAGCCGACACGGACAAGUGAAGAUUGUUGUGAAAGGACAAAGUACAGAGCAACUCAUGGACUUGUGUAAGGCAGCAAAAGACGCCGGAUGCUUUUACUAUCUCGUCCAAGACGCCGGAUUCACUCAAAUUCCAGCUGGUUCCCGCACCGUUCUCGGAAUUUUUGGAACUGUCGAACAAGUGGAUUCAGUGACAGGAGGACUGAAACUUCUUUAA